AUGUUCUCUCGCACGGUCACCCGCACAGCCCUCCGCAGGGCUCCCCGUCCAGUAGCUCUCGCGGCAAGAGGCAGGCCAACAGGCCUAUUCCUCCGCCCGCUCUCAGACACUGCAGCCCGCAACAACAAACAAGAUGACCCGACAAAUGACCCGAACCUCGCAGCCACCAACAAAGCCCCCGACGGCGCAUCGGGCGAACAUGAAGGCCAGUUCGCGCGAACCGACGAGAGCGUCCAGAUCGAGUACCCGCCCGACAGCGAGAUGCCCUCCCAACCGGUCGUCCAAGGCCGCGGCGGAAUGCAUUUCAAGCGCACCCUGGCCUCAUUCUCGCUCGAGAAUAAAGUCUCCAUGGUAACCGGUGGUGCACGCGGAUUAGGACUCGUCAUGGCGCAGGGCCUAGUUGCCUCGGGCUCGCAUCUGGCAAUCGUUGAUUUGAAUAAAGCAGAAGCAGAAGAGCAAGCCGAAAAAAUCAUCGAGCAAUUCCGCAAAGAAAACCCGGGCCUCGAACAAAUGCCCUCCGUAACAGCACACUACGCCGACGUCUCAAACCCAGACUCCGUCUCAACCGCCCUCUCCGAAGUCCUCGCAAAACACCGCCAAAUCGACAACCUCGUCACAUCCGCCGGUUUCACGGAGAACUUCGACGCAAUCAACUACCCCUUCGACCGCAUGCAGAAACUCUGGGGUGUCAACGUCGACGGAACGUACCUCUUCGCGACGGGCGUGGCAAAGCAUCUCAUGGAGCGGAAAGCGCCUGGAAGUAUCGUGAUGAUCGGAUCCAUGUCUGGGUCCAUUGUGAAUGUGCCGCAGCCGCAGGCGCCGUAUAAUGCGGCCAAGGCGGCUGUGCGGCAUCUGGCUGCUUCAUUGGCGGUUGAGUGGGCGGUCCAUGGGAUUAGGGUUAAUUGCAUUUCACCGGGGUAUAUGUUGACUGCUUUGACUCGCAAGAUUUUGGAUGAGAAUCCGCAGUUGCGUGAGCAGUGGACUUCGCUUAUUCCUGUUGGGAAGAUGGGAACGCCGGAGGAUUUGAUGGGAGCUGUGACGUUCUUGCUUAGUGAUGCGUCGAAGUAUGUUACUGGGGCUGAUCUCAGGGUUGAUGGUGGUUAUACCUUGACCUAA